AACCAAUAUAACCAUUUUCCUAUUAAAGAUAAAGCCCUUAUAGAGAACAAGAAAACAAUUCGUUCCCUACAUAUUUUCCUGCGUGUUCUUCUCUUUCCUCUUCUUUGACAGUAAUCGAUCAUGGCUUCCAAGUUUCUCUUCCCAUUGCUCCUCUUGUUCUCUUCAUGGGCCACUCAAAUUUCGUCGCAGUUCCUUGGCGGAGUGAGCGGUGCGGAUUUGGCGCCGUCGUGCAUGCAGAAGCUGAUCCCAUGCCAAGCGUAUCUCAAAGGGUUAUCGGCACCACCGGAUUCAUGCUGCGGUCCAUUGAAGGAGUUGGUGACCGGCGAUUCGCAGUGCCUGUGUCAAGUCUUCAACAAGCCCGAUACACUGAAGAGCCUGGGCAUCACCCAAGCCGGGGCUCUGGCUCUCGCAAAGACUUGCGGUGCCGACGUCGACGUUUCGGUUUGCAAUAAGGGAGCAGCGGCUUCUCCGGCUAGUUCACUGGCAACCCCUGCCGAUUCGCAAGCUACUCCUGCCGAUGGCUCUACCUUAAGCAACGCUACUUCGACAGCUGCAGCUCCUGAGAGCCCCGCGAAGAGCGGGACGACUUCUCGUCUUGCUGGGUCAGGAGUUGUCACUCUGGGUUUUGCUUUGAUCAUGUCAAAGCUCUGGUAGUUUCAAACUGAAUCUGUCCAUGAAGAGCUGCAUCACUCGGCUUCUAUCCUCUCUUGCCUUUUCUUUUUCUUUGUAAACAAGGACGAGUUGGCCGCUGCAGGCUUCUACUCAUUAACACAAAGCAGAAUGGUUAACAAACCAUGCUCUUUCUCUAUGUACGAGUUCAAACCCAAUUUGGAAGAAAUUAUGGUUGUCCCAA